GGUGCGGUUUGGUUUUUUGUCCCUCUCCGCGACCCGUCCUCCAGACAGUUGUGGCGGCCGCCAUGGAGGCGAGUGGGCCCUGAGGAGAGGCCGGGCUGGGCCGGCGGCCUGCAGCCACGAGAGGCGGAGGCCGCGAGCACUCAGCGGGGGAGGCAGGCUCCAGCCCGGACGCUGCGAGAGGCUCGGCGUUCCGAGUGCGCUCUGGCCGCCGAGCCGCCGCUCCUGGCUCCAGCCUCGUCUCCGACCGCAGACAUGGCGGGCGGGCACUGCGGCAGCUUCGCCGCGGCGGCGGCCAGCAGCGGGGAGAUCGUGCAGCUGAAUGUUGGGGGGACCAGGUUCAGUACCUCAAGGCAGACUCUUAUGUGGAUUCCAGAUUCUUUUUUUUCCAGUUUGCUGAGUGGAAGGAUUUCAACACUUCGAGAUGAAACUGGUGCUAUAUUUAUUGAUAGGGACCCGGCAGCAUUCGCCCCCAUUCUAAAUUUUCUUCGGACAAAAGAACUCGACUUAAGGGGAGUCAGCAUCAACGUUCUCAGACACGAGGCAGAAUUUUAUGGGAUCACUCCACUAGUGCGAAGGCUGCUGCUGUGUGAGGAGCUGGAGAGGUCGUCCUGCGGCAGUGUCCUGUUCCACGGCUACUUGCCCCCGCCAGGCAUCCCCAGUCGUAAAGGAACUAACACAGCUAGGUCCUCUGUGGACGCUAGGAAUGGACUAAGUUCUAUGGAAGGCGAAGCCCGGGGAAGCGGGACGCAGCCUGUGCUUGCUGGGAAUGGAGAAGACACUAUUAGGCUGGGAGUCCCAGUGGACCCAAGAAAGGUGCUAAUAGUUGCUGGUCACCACAACUGGAUUGUAGCUGCCUAUGCUCACUUUGCUGUGUGUUACAGAAUCAAAGAGUCUUCAGGGUGGCAGCAAGUGUUUACAAGCCCAUAUCUGGACUGGACCAUUGAACGGGUGGCUUUGAAUGCAAAAGUGGUUGGAGGUCCUCAUGGAGACAAGGACAAAAUGGUGGCUGUGGCCUCAGAGAGCAGCAUCAUCCUGUGGAGUGUUCAGGACGGAGGAAGCGGAAGUGAAAUUGGUGUGUUCAGCCUCGGGGUUCCUGUAGACGCCCUCUUCUUCAUUGGGAAUCAGCUGGUGGCCACGAGUCACACAGGCAAAGUGGGCGUGUGGAAUGCGGUCACACAGCACUGGCAGGUGCAGGACGUUGUCCCGAUAACCAGCUACGACACUGCAGGCUCCUUCCUCCUCCUGGGAUGUAACAAUGGGUCAAUAUAUUACAUAGACAUGCAGAAGUUCCCGUUGCGGAUGAAGGAUAAUGACCUCCUUGUCACUGAGCUCUACCACGACCCUUCCAACGACGCCAUCACUGCGCUGAGUGUUUACCUCACCCCCAAAACCAGUGUCAGCGGAAACUGGAUCGAGAUUGCCUACGGUACAAGCUCUGGAGCAGUGCGAGUGAUUGUGCAGCAUCCAGAGACGGUCGGCUCGGGGCCACAGCUCUUCCAGACAUUCACGGUUCACCGGAGCCCUGUGACGAAGAUCAUGCUGUCAGAGAAGCACCUGGUGUCAGUAUGUGCUGACAACAACCACGUGCGCACCUGGACAGUGACACGGUUCCGAGGGAUGAUCUCUACACAGCCAGGCUCCACUCCUUUAGCAUCGUUCAAGAUCUUGUCCUUGGAGGAGACAGAGAGCCACGGCAGCUAUUCCUCUGGAAAUGACAUCGGGCCUUUUGGAGAACGAGAUGAUCAACAAGUGUUUAUCCAGAAGGUUGUUCCCAUCACCAACAAGCUGUUUGUCAGGCUGUCAUCGACUGGAAAAAGGAUAUGUGAGAUCCAGGCUGUGGACUGCACUACAAUCUCCUCGUUCACUGUGAGAGAGUGCGAGGGCUCCAGCCGGAUGGGCUCCCGGCCAAGGCGCUACCUGUUCACUGGCCACACCAACGGCAGCAUCCAGAUGUGGGACCUGACCACAGCCAUGGACAUGGUCAACAAGAGUGAGGACAAGGAUGCAGGCGGCCCCACUGAGGAAGAGCUGCUCAAGCUGCUGGACCAGUGUGAUCUGAGCACGUCCCGCUGCGCCACGCCCAACAUCAGCCCUGCCACCUCUGUGCUCCAGCACAGCCGCCUUCGUGAGUCCAGCUCCAGCCUUCAGCUCCAGCACCACGAAACCAUCCAUGAAGCAGCAACCUAUGGUGCCACUCGGCCUUACCGGGAGAGCCCUUUGUUAGCCAGAGCAAGGAGGACUGAGAGCUUCCACAGCUACAGGGACUUCCAGACUCUCAAUCUCAACCGAACUGUAGAGAGAGCUGUCCCUGAAAAUGGUCACAUGGGCCCAGCCCAGGCUGAGGCAAAAGGGGCAGCAGCAGGGGAGUGUGCUGUGUGUGAGAGGAAGUCCCCUGGGACAGAGGGAAGAUGUGUGAGGGAGUCCGAUGCGGGGUUAGAAGUGCACAGACCAGCGGAAGGUUUGUCAGAGCCCAAGAAAAAGUCAACAGAGGAUGAAAAUGAGCCCAAAGUGGAGUUCCGGAAGAAAGGAUUCGAAGCAGGGGGAUUCCUUGGAAGAAAGAAAGUUCCCUAUCUGGCAUCCUCACCAAGUACCUCUGAUGGAGGGACCGACUCCCCUGGUACAGCAUCCCCGUCUCCAACUAAGACCACUCCGUCACCUCGGCACAGAAAGAGCGACUCCUCUGGCCAGGAGUACAGCUUGUGAGCUCACCCAGUGCAUGGCAGUUUUUCUAAAUCUAUGUGAAAAACAACAUUUCCUGGGUUUCAGUCAUUGGCUUUUACAUCAAAAACUCUAUAGGGCACAGUUUGGCUGUUUUGUGUUUUCUGGGCCGAGCCUGUAGAAGCAGGAGCAGAGC